AUGUCACCGGGUUCCGGUGUGAGUCGGGUGCUGGAGGUGCUGAGAGGGUUAUAUGGGCGCGUGCAGACAUUAGAGGAGCUGAGUGGGGGGGUGGAGUUCAGUGAUGGCGGGAAACCUGUGGUGCUGCAGGAGGGAGAUUCAGGGCGCGUGAAAGCUCUCAUUAGGGGACUGGUGGUGUGUACAGAGUCUCCACUCACACAUACACCCAGCUCAGCACAGCUGGGCACCCUGCCCGAGGUGCUGGCGUUUGUCCUGAACCGCAUGAAGAUGAAGAAGAAGAGGAAUGUUCUGAGUUUUGGGUACCGCUCCAGCACGGCUCGCGCUGACUCAGACCCUUUCAAGUUCCACGGAUCCAUUUCUCAAAGUGCUGCGUUCAUCUGUGGCAGUGAAGCCUGGGAGAAAAUCAAUCAGCGGCUCGGGACAGACCUCACCCAGUAUCUGCUGAGUCACUGUGCCGUGUUUACCACAGCGCCCCCUACCUGCCUGGUGCAGAUCUGUGGCGUUCCUGUGUACGAUUUGGUGCCUGUACACACCUGGUCUGGGUUCUUCCUCAACUCGCGUAACAAAGCUGGCAUGGUGAACUGGAACCAAAGGAUUGCCAUGAAAAAACAGCAUGGGGGAAAGAAAGAGGUACAAAACAGACAGAGCAGAGAAGUAAAUGCUAAAAAUACAGUGAAGAGAAAGAGAGAAGAGGAGGAUAUCAGGGAGGGUUAUGAGCUUGUUCCUGCAAAGCGAAGUUGUCCUGAGAUCAUUAAAGCAGAUAGUGACGUGGUGAAGUCCUGUACCUCUGAAAAUAUUGAUCCAGUCCAAUCAGAGACGUCCCACAUCAACUCCGCCCCCAAACACGGCCUGUCCAGUUGGAAACCAAGUGACCAACCCCCACCCCGCCCAUCUCACUGCUUCAUCAGUGUACUGAGCAUGCUCUAUGGCGGCCAUGGCAUGAAGGGCUUCCUGCUGAACAGGAAGUUGCAGGGACACGUUGGUGGAGCCAGAAAGCUCCAGGGUGCAGAUGUUGUUCGGAUGGUAUUUUGUCUUAAGGACAAGACCCACCUGUCAGGGUCGAAUCCACAAAUCCAGAAGCUACCCAAGCGUUUCUUUGCCAUGGUGCCAGUCUUUACUUUGCUCCUGCAGCGUCACAGGACGUGCCCCUACGUUCACUUCUUGUCUCAGAAGUGUGUAGUGAGCGAGGGCAAAGGGGACAUGGCAGCUCUGUUGCCUUCUCACUGCUCGUCCUACAGAGUGUAUCUGUUCGUCAGGGAGUGUGUGCGCUUUGUUGUUCCAGAUGAGCUCUGGGGAUCUCGGCAUAACAUGUUGCAGUUCAUGUCCAGAGUCAAGCACUUCCUGCGACUGGGGAAGUUUGAGAAGCUCUCACUGGCUCAGGUGAUGUGGAAGAUCAGAGUGAGCGACUGCCGGUGGCCGGGGCAGAAAAAGUGUCACUGCCCCAGUGAGCAUCGCUACAGAGAGUGGAUUUUUGGACAGUUUUUGCUCUGGAUGCUUAAAGACUUUGUCAUCGGUCUUGUAAAGUGUUUAUUUUACGUCACAGAGAGCGUUGGCCAUAAACAUGUGCUGAAGUUCUACAGGCGACACAUCUGGACCAGACUACAGGACCAGGCCUUCAGGGACUAUGUCUCUAAAGGCCAGUGGGAAAAGCUGAGUCCUGCCGAGGUGGCAUCACUGCCCAAGGACACCGUCCCAUCCCGCAUUCGAUUCAUCCCCAAAACCAACGGCAUGCGCCCAAUCACGCGCUUAACCAGCACGGGGGCAGGCAUGCAGUUCCAGAGUUCAGUGCGUGAUCUUCAGAACGUAUUGAGCGCGUGCGUGCGAGAGCGGCCAUCUCUGCUCGGCUCGACUGUCUGGGGACGACAGGACAUUCACAGAGUUCUGAGAUCCAUCCCUCACACACACACUCCGUUAUACUUUGUUAAGGUGGACAUCAGUGGGGCGUAUGAUAGUCUCCCACACUCGAAGCUGUUGGAGGUGGUACAAGAUGUUCUUCAGCCAGUGGAGGAGAACUGCUUCUCUCUGAGGCACUACGCUAAAGUGUACACCGACCAAGAGCAGGAGAUCAAGAAACAAUUCUGCACCAGGGCUGAAGCGUUUGAAUCGUUGAACAUGAAGGGGUUUGUAAUGGAGGAGCAGAACAAUGGAAAGCUCCAUGAUGCCAUUUUAGUGGAGAAGCUCUCGGUGGAAGUUAAGGGCUCAGACGUGUUUCAGUUCUUCAAGCAGAUGCUGAGCAGCUACAUCAUCCAGUACGACAAGGAACUGUUCCGACAGGUGUGUGGUGUUCCUCAGGGUUCUGCCGUCUCUACCAUGCUGUGUAACUUGUGUUAUGGCCACAUGGAGAACUGUGUGCUGAAGAACAUCACAGAGAAAGGAGGGUAUCUGAUGCGGUUGGUGGAUGAUUUCCUGCUCAUCACUCCAAGACUGAGUAAAGCAGUGGAGUUCCUCAAGACGUUAAUGGUGGGCGUCCCGGAUUAUGGCUGUGUGAUUAACCCUCAGAAGGUGGCGGUGAAUUUCCCGGUGAGUGAUGAGCUGGAGUGUGUGGGGAUGACGGCGUUCCCGGCGCACUGCCUGUUCCCAUGGUGUGGUCUGCUGAUCGACACUCGCUCCCUCCACGUCUUCAACGAUUACUCUGGAUACGCCGGCCAAUCGCUGCGCUACAGCCUGACGCUAGGCUCCGCCCACUCACCUGCCAUGUUCAUGAGGAAAAAGCUGCUGAAGAUCCUCAGGCUGAAAUGUGACAGCGUUCUUCUGGAUGCUGGCUUAAACUCUACUGAAGUGGUGUACACAAACAUCUACAAACUUCUCCUGCUGCAGGCCAUGAGAUUUCACGUGUGUGUGAAGAGUUUGCCGUUAGGGCAGGGUGUGUGGACCAACCCAAGUUUUUUCCUGAAGAUGAUCUGGAGCAUGGUGAAGAUUACCAACAAGAGCAUCACACACAGCAAUUCAGGAGUAUGUGUGGAUGAUGUGCUGCAGUGUAAGGCAGUAGAGCUGUUAUGCUGUUUAGCGUUUGGCGUCGUCCUAAAGCGCCAUCGCUCUUUGUACCGCUGUCUCCUCCCUCACAUCCACAAGCGGGAGAGGUGUCUAAUGAGCGCGCUCCGUGGUAUCAGACUGGCGCGGGUUUUUCAAGCAGUGACUCCCAGAAUUCCUCCAGACUUCACCACCAUCCGCAUCUGAACCCCCACCCCCCGCGCACGGGACGUAGGCAGCGUUGCUGUAGGGGUUCUCUGGCUGUGUGUGUGGCAUCUGAUGCAGUGAUACAGCGCUACGAUGGGGAUCACGGGCAGAGCCGAGAGCAAGACACGCAUCACAAACACCCAGCCGGUACGGCUUCAUCUCCGCUUCGGGGAACAGGGACUGGACACACGGACACACACACACAAUUAGUUUCCUUUACUUGUUAAUUUACUUUUAUUUCGUUGUUUUUCUCUUUUAAUUUGUUUCAUUAAUUCCCUUAAUCCUUUCUUACUCUUUGGUUACUGCCUUUCUUGUUUGUUUGUUUGUUUGUUUGUUCUGCUAAAUAAUAUCUUGAGAUUUCUAAAUAUAUCUUCUGUUUUUCUUU